GUUUCACAGGCCAUAAUAAAAUAAUAGAAAAACAGCAAAAUAUAUUCGAAAAUAUAUGUAAACAGUGAAAGAGUAGAAUGCCAAGUUGUAUGUUUGUUGUUCUGAUUCAGUAUUCGAUUAAUUCUUCACCUACAGCCACAUAAAAAGAAAAUUCUACAUAAUUCCGAUUGUAUUUUUAAAAUUCGUCAUCAUAAACCAUCCAGCAAGUUAAUAAAAUUAAUAAUUGUACAAAAAUAGGCUAGAAUGAAGUUUUCAUGUCAAACUGUGUCGUAAUUGGCAAUAAACUUUGAGACUGUAAUCUGGUAAUACGGAAACGGUCAUCAUAUCAUCCAUUUCCAACGAAAUGACUUCUAUGGAAAAACGGCUCCAGAAGGAGCUGCAGGCGAUGACCAAAGACCCCCCGGUGGGUGUCAAGGUGAACAUGGAGAGCCUCAGCUCCAAUCUAUCAGAAUGGGUGGUUGACAUUGACGGAGCCACUGGCACGUUGUAUGAAGGAGAAAAGUUCCAGCUAGGCUUCAAGUUCACCCCGAGAUAUCCAUUUGACUCGCCGCAGUGUCAGCAUGUUGUCCAGCUGUAAGGAGAAGAAAUUGCCCCCAGAUAAUGCCAUAUAUGUGAGGACUUGUAGCAAAGAUCCCAAGAAAACCCGGUGGUGGUAUCAUGACAACAGUGUAUGAUGAAAGUGCGGACAUAGUUUUCUUUAGUUUAUGGACAAAGGGAACCCGGCCUGAUGACCCCCCACCUCCACCCCCACAUGACCCCACGGAGACUCAAGGACAAACAAGUGACACACAGCACCAUCGCAUCAUCACACCAUCACACCAUUCAGCCGGCCGGCCGCUGCGUUGGAGGAUUGUGUCCAGUGUGUUGUUCAGAUCACGGCGAUGCUUUCCCUCGGCUCAGGUGUUUGGGGGAAAUUGUAGUCUCUUCCUCCUUGUCAUUCCCAUGCAAAAGUCAAAGUAACUCGGAUGAUGCUCAUUGGUGGAUUAGAAAACUUGGAUGAUGCUCAUUGGUGGAUUAGAAAACUUUGAUGAUGCUCAUUGGUGGAUUGUAAUUUCUGAUGAUGCUCAUUGGUGGAUUAGAAAACUUUGAUGAUGCUCAUUGGUGGAUUGUAAUUUCUGAUGAUGCUCAUUGGUGGAUUAGAAAACUCUGAUGAUGCUCAUUGGUGGAUUGUAAUUUCUGAUGAUGCUCAUUGGUGGAUUAGAAAACUUUGAUGAUGCUCAUUGGUGGAUUGUAAUUUCUGAUGAUGCUCAUUGGUGGAUUGUAAUUUCUGAUGAUGCUCAUUGGUGGAUUGUAAUUUCUGAUGAUGUUCAUUGGUGGAUUAAAAAACUCUGAUGAUGCUC